UUUACAGUUUAGUGUUCAUUGCUGCCCAUGGACACCUGCUAAAAUUGAAUCAUAGCUGGAAUCCAUGAAAAAGGACAAUCACAAACAUGGAUAGAUGUUCAAUUAACUCUAAAUGGCUUUUUUAUCCCUUGUAAAUGAGUCCCCAGGAUCUGGACCCUAAUAUGUUGUGUAUUCCUCUUUGAAGUGCUGUAAUAAAUCAGACUACCAUUGGGCACUGAUCACCAGAGACUUGCUUGAUGGACUAAUGCAUGUAUUUCUUUCUUAGGCAGCCAGCCAGCCAAAGGGUAACAUCUGUGUGACAAAACAAAAAAGUGGAAUGUUUGAGCUUGUAAUUCACAUGAUAAAUCAAGGCGGAAUAUUUUAGCUAUUCAAUAAAAUCACAUUACUUGGCAAAGGGCCACUACAGCUUCUGACUGAAAUUUUUGUCAUAAUGGAUUUGGUUUAAAAUUCACAUUAGCCUUAAGAGUAAACCUAAUUUUACAGAAAACUUUACUUCACGUGCUAAAGCAGUUUGUCAUAACGGUUCAGACAAAAGGUCAUACUUUCUUGUUAAUUAAUUAAAUGUACUAAUUGUACCACAGUGGUAACUGCCAAAAUACCAUAACUAGGCUACUACAUUUAAUAAAUAUUGAAUAAAUACAUAUGGAUCUUGUUUCAUUUGAUCAUUGCCCAUUUACCACAGUUUUAAUGUAUAACUAUAAAUAUGUUAACUACAGUAAUCUUGAUAAAGCGCUGACAGCAUUACUGUGUAUUCGAGUUCUAAUUUUACGUGAGGCUACUGCGCAUGCGCAUGUCAACACUUUUGAGUUCAGUAAGAAUGGCACUGCGCGUCUUGAGAUUCAGUUUGGCUUUGAAUCGCAGUUUACUCAAAACAACUGUUGUCUGCAACAAACGGCAGUUGUCAGAAAAAGCGUCCUCCAAUCCGAAAGCAUCCGUUUCUACUGAAAAUAUCGAUCAUGUUCUCUACACAGAGGAACAUUUUGCAUUAAAGGCAUCUUUGAGAAAGAUCAUUGAUCAAGAGAUCAACCCUUAUGUAGACCAAUGGGAGCAAGAAGGGCAAUUUCCUGCUCAUAAGCUCUUCAAAAUCCUGGGUAAUGCAGGAUUUCUAGGAGUCAACAAACCUGUGGAGUAUGGAGGUCUGGGGUUGGACUUCAGCUACAGUGUGGCUGUUUCUGAAGAACUGGGGAACAUCAACUGCGGAGGGAUUCCCAUGGCCAUCGGCGUGCAGAGUGAUAUGGCUACACCUGCACUGGCGAGGUUUGGUUCUGCAGAGCUCAAGAGAGAGUUCUUGCAGCCCACCAUAAUGGGAGACAUAGUGGCCUGCCUCGGGGUGAGCGAAACUGGGGCCGGCUCUGAUGUAGCAAGCAUCAAGACUAAAGCUGUGCGCAAAGGAGAUGAACUUGUCAUUAAUGGAGGAAAGAUGUGGACUACUAAUGGCACUCAAGCAGACUGGAUGUGCCUCCUGGCCAACACCAGCGAUGGCCCUCCACACAAGAACAAAUCCUUAAUCUGCUUACCUAUGAAUCUGUCAGGCGUUCAUAUCGCACGCAAGAUCGAUAAAAUAGGCAUGUGGUCAUCGGAUACAGCAGAGGUGUUUUUCGAUGACGUGCGUGUGCCUUGCAAAAAUGUCAUAGGGCAAGAGGGAAUGGGCUUCACGUACCAGAUGCUACAGUUCCAGGAGGAGCGACUCUGGGGGGUGGCCAAUAUCCUGACGACCAUGGAGAAAGUUGUCCAAGAGACCAUCAAUUACACCAGACAGAGGAAGAUCUUCAGUCAGCCGAUUCUAUACCACCAGGUUGUUCACUUCAGGCUGGCUGAGCUGCAGACAGAAAUCGAGCUGUUGCGCUCCCUUUUGCAUCGUGCCACAGCUCUGUACAUUAAGGGAAACAAUGUAACAAAGUUGGCAUCAAUGGCCAAGCUGAAGGCAGGACGACUGGCCCGAGAGCUCAGUGACAGCUGCCUCCAGUACUGGGGUGGCAUGGGCUUCACCAGUGACGUCCUAGUCAGCAGGUUCUACAGGGACUCCAGAUUAAUGUCCAUUGGUGCAGGAGCUGAUGAGGUGAUGCUGUCAAUCAUAUGCAAGUACAUGGACACUCUACCCAAGAAAUGACAUCACCGAUAGGAGUUCAGUUUGAAAAACAAAGUGCACUUAAAUGGAGAAUCUGACACUAAAUAUAAAUUAACUAGUUAUAUCAGUUAUAAAAGCAGUUAGCAACUUUAAGAUGGAUGAUUUGUACAUUGCAGUAAAU